CCUGUGGCGGGCCACCUGGCCCCACUAGUUACUUUUUAUUAUUAAAUAUAUGUAUUGCUUAGUUGUUGAUAUAUAAUAGUUCUCUUUGCUUGUAGACGGAGAAAGCGUUGUUGAGAAUAUGUUCCUUAGCUGCUAAAAACCAGAUGAACUUACCGUAGGUAUAUAUUAAAUGCCCUUUGAGAUGAAAAGGCGCAUUUGGUUGCAAUGCGUUUCGUUCGCUUUCGUCUAUAUUAUUUAUUCUAUGGUUGCUUAGCUACAAAACAUCAAAACAAUGCUUGAAAACAUUUGUGUAAAUUAAUUUUAUUUAUUAAAAUUCACGGUUUUGUUGAUUGAAAGUAAUACGAAAAAUGAGAUUAAAAUAUUCCAAGACACUUUUAGAAGCACAGGAUUUUGAGAGUCCUAUUGCUGAUAUUUGUUGGUCGCCCAACAAUGUGAAAUUAGCGGUAGCCACGUGUGAAAGAGUUGUGUUAUUAUUUGAUCGUGAUGGACAGAGGCGGGAUAAAUUUUCCACCAAGCCUGCUGAUGCAAGCGCUGGAAAAAAAUCUUAUGUCAUAACAGCUUUAUCAUUCAGCGAGAACUCGGAGUUGCUGGGCGUGGCGCAGAGUGAUAACAUGGUGUUUGUAUACCGUGUGGGCGCUGACUGGAGUGGCAAGAAAGUCAUCUGUAACAAGUUUCCACUUACAGGAGUGCCCAUGCGGCUACUGCCUGCCGAGAGUGGAUUUUUUACUGGAACUAGCGAUGGGAAAAUAAGAUCGUUGGAUUGCAAAAGCAAUAAAAGCUCUAGCAUAUGGAGCGCGGGCGCGUGUUGCGUGUCGCUGGCGCGUGCGGAGGGGUCGCUGGCGUCGGGGCACGCGGACGGCACGCUGUACGUCGGCGGGCGACUGUUGUUGCGGUACGCUCUGCCGCCUACUGCCCUCGUGCUGUUGCAACCUUAUUUGAUAGUGGGUUCAUGUGACGGACGCGUCGCGGUGUACGAGGCGCAGCGCGGCACGCUGUUGCGGAGCAUAGAGCCACAGCUGCCGCCCGACACCAGGGACCUCAUCUCUGCGGCGCCCAGUCCUUCUGGACAGAAUAUAGCGUUCGGCGUGUUCAACGGGUGUCUGGUAGGCGAGAUGAAGGAGUCGGGCGCGGUGGAGUUGAGCCUGCUGAGCAUCCCGAACCUGUACGCGGCGCGCGCGGUGGCGUGGAGCGCGGACGGCACGCGGCUCGCGGUCGCGUCGCAGGCCGGCGCGCUCAUACAACUAGAGGCUGUGUUGAGGCGGUGGGUGUGGCGCGACGCGGUGGAGGUGCAGCACGUGAGCGCGCGCCGGCUGCUGCUGACGCGAGUGGCGCGGGACGCGGCGCCGCUCACCGUCCUCACCAAACACGCGCCCGACAUAUUCAACGUCAGGUUUAUUGGUAAUGAUUGGUACGCGGUAUGUCGGACUAAUAGCACAUUGAUCUUGUGUGAUAUUGCACGUGGGCUAACUAGCGAGAUUCCGUGGGCGGGUGGCGGCGAGCGCGUGUACGCGGCCGUGGGCGGCGCCUGUCUCAUACACCGCGCCGGCGAGCUCAGCGUCGUCGAAUACGGACUGGACAAAGUUCUGCACACGGUGCGUACGGAGCGCGUGAACCCGCACGUGCUGAGCGUGCGCAUCAACGAGGGCGGCGCGCACCGCAAGCACCUCGCCUACCUCCUCGACCGGCAGACCGUCGCCGUGCUCGAUCUACUCACCGGAGUGCAGGUGGGGCAGUGGUGGCACGAGGCGCGCGUGGACUGGCUCGAGCUCAACGAGAGCGGUCAGCUGUUGCUGCUGCGGGACACGCGCCGGAGACUGGCGCUCUUGCGACUGCCUUCUGGAGACAAGGAGAUCAUUGCCAGUGGCGUGGGAUUCGUUCAAUGGAUUGAGAAUAGUGAUGCCGUCGUCGCACAAACACCCACUCAUCUUCUCGUUUGGUACAGCGCGUGGGACCCGGGCAGCGUGGAGAUGUGCGAGACGGGCGGCGGCGUGGCGCUGGAGGCGGACGCGCGCCGCGUGCUGCUCGACGGUGCGCACGCGCAGUACCUGCAGCUGGACGAACAUCGACUCGCUUUUAACAACGCCCUCCGCAGCGGCGACUUGACGGGCUGCGCGACAUAUUUAGAUAGUGUCGGCAGCAGCGCGGACGUGGCGCCGCUGUGGCGACAGUUGGCCGAACGAGCGCUGCAGAACGAAGAUGUACAACUUGCGGCUAAAUGCUAUCGGGAGGUCGGCGACGAGGCCCGCACCUUUUAUUUGGACAAAACAGUUCAGUUGGCCGCUGCUGAAGGCGACGGGGAUGUUACUGCCGGGUUACACAGCCCGGUGAUGCGAGCCCGACUGUCUAUCUUUGCCGGUAAUCUGUCGGCCGCGGAGGAGUGUUACGUGAAGCGCGCUGCUCGUGCCGACCUCGCCAUCGACAUGUACAAGCAAUUCAACAAGUGGGCCGAGGCCAUCGCCGUCGCCGAGCGGGCGGACCGUGGAUCCGUGGCCAUACUCAAACAGCAGUACAUGGAUUAUUUGAUAUAUACUGGUCGGCUGGGCGAGGCGGGCGCGGCGCUGGCGGGCGCGGGCGACGCGGAGGGCGCGGUGCGCACGUGGCUGCGCGGGGGGCGCGCGCGCCGCGCCGCCGCCCUGCUGCUGCAGCACCCGCAGCUGCUCCGCGACACACACCUCGUCGACGCCGUGCACACGCAGCUCAUACAGGAAGAAUGGUGGGAGAUGGCGGGAGAGCUUUCAGAGAGGAAAGGUGACUACCUAACGGCUGUGGAUUAUUACGCCAAGGGACACAACUUUGCACGAGCCGUGCAGUUGGCUAGAGAGCGCUGCGCGGGCGAGGUGACGCGCGUGGAGGCGCAGUGGGGCGCGUGGCUGGUGGGCGCGCGGCAGGCGGGCGCGGCGGUGGCGCACCUCAUCGAGGCGGGCGACACGCGCGCCGCGCUGCACGCCGCGCUGCACGCCAAGCACUACGCGCGCGCGCUGCACAUACUGCAGGCUAUCGACGAUAAAGAUUCUAUAAAGAAAGAGUGUGAACAACUUGGUGACCAUUUCAUUUCAGUUCAAGAAUGGGAGACAGCUGAGCGGCUACUAACAUGGUGCAACAUGAGCGAGAGAUGCGUGCGCGCAUACAACGCGGCUGGACGUGUCGCGGACGGCCUGCGCCUCGCCGCCGCCACGCUCUCGGAGGAGCGCACUAGGGAUAUAUACCUGCCGCUGGCGGAACAGCUGCGCGCCGAUGGACAGUACAAGAAGGCCGAGCAGAUAUAUAUCGGGCUUGGAGAGCCGGAUGAAGCCAUCUCUAUGUAUAAGGAAGCGUCCCAGUACGAGGCGAUGCUGCGCCUGGUGGCAGCGCACCGGCCGGCGCUGCUGGAGGCGACGCGGCGACACGUGGCGCAGGCGCUGCACGCCGCCGGGGACCUGCGCGCCGCUGAGAACUACUACGUGCAGGCAGACGACUGGAAAAGCGCUAUUCAAAUGUAUCGAUCGUGCGGACAGUGGGAGAACGCAGAGAGAGUGGCGCGAGCGCAUGCGCCUACUGCUGUGCAACAACAGGUGUGCGUGCAGCACGCGGCGGCGCUCGGCGGCGCGGCGGGCGCGCGGCUGCUGGCGGCGCGCGGGCUCGCCGCGCUCGGCGCCAAGUGGGCGCUGCAGGCGCAGAGAUGGGACAUAGCGAUGGAAUUGAGCGAGCUGGGCGGCGGCAUCAGUCGGCGCGAGGUAUGGCGGCACGAGGCGGCGGCGCUGGCUGACUCUCGUCCUGAAGAGGCGGAGGCGGCGUUCCUGCGUGCCCAAGCGCCCGACCACGCCGUGCGCAUGUGGCUCGACAAGGGACAGCACCAGAAGGCGCUCGCGAUCGCUGAUCAGCACGCACCGCAUAUGGUAGAAGAAGUUCUUGUGGAAGGCGCUCGUGCGGCGGCCGAGCGGGGCGACCUGCAGCAGUUCGAGACGCUCAUGAUCCGCGCCAACAGGCCGCGCGAGGUGGUGCAACAUUACAAAGACCUCGAAUUGUGGGAGGAAGCGGCGCGCGUGUCGCGCGAGUACCUGCCGGCGAGCACGGAGGCCGUGCCGGCGGGCGUGCCGGCGCUGCUGGCGCGCGCGGCGGCGCAGGCGGACGCGGCGCGCUGGGCGGAGGCAGUGCGGCUGCUGGCGCGGGCGAGCGCGGCCGCCGCCGAGGCCGGCGCGCCCAGGCUCGCCGAGCGCGCCGCGCUGCGCGCCGCCAGGCUCGCGCGCGACCAUCUGCACCGCCACGAGAGGCGCGCCGCCGCAGACGUGCUCGCCGAUAGAUUUGCUGCGAUUGGUCAAAGCGACAUUGGCGAGCAACUUCGAGCAGCUCUUACUGAAGGUGACGCUGAAGAAGACGAAGAGCCGCAAGGUGGUCAAAUGGCAUCAGACAACGAGGCAGAGGAGGCGCGCGCGGUGGAACCCGAGGCAGAGAGCGAGGGCUCGAGCGAGGCGGGCGAGGCGGCGGCGCUGGAGCGUCUGUGCCGCGCGGGGCAGUGGGCGCGCUGCCUCGCGCACGCCGGCGCACGCGCACCGCACUACGCGCUGCGAUACGUCGCGCACUUGUUCAAGACGCACUCGCGCAUAGAAGGCAUAAACAUCGAGAGCGAGGACGUGCCCGAGGCUCUGUCUCAAGCGCUGGACACUCUACGCCAGUACCUGAACACCGGCGACUCUGCGGGGCCGGUGGUGUCCGACGCCGACGCGGGCAUCGCGAAGGCUGUAUGUGCGGAGGUGUUGCUGCGCGUAUCCAUCGCACCAAAGGCUUACAACGCACUGAAGGAUGCCGGAACCGUUAUGCUGGCUAUGGGAGCUGAUGAUAGAGCCAUGCAGGCAAUUACAUUGCUGAUGGCUCUACAUGUCCCUCAAAUAGCAGGCCGCGCCGCGAGAGCUCUGCCUCGAUACACAGACAUAAUAGUUGCUGAUGUCGCGUUUUACGCCUGCGGAAUGGUUUUGAGGUCCGAGGGUAAUGGGAGCGCUCGCGAGGCUUUCGUGUUUCUCAACCGCUGUCUUGAUCUCACCGAAGCGGCUGAUGACGACAGCGCGCACCUACUUGACUAUACUGACUUCGAGUGCACGGACUGGGCGCGCGCGGCGCUGCUGGCGGAGCGCGGGUGCGUGCGCGGCGCGCCGCUCGACGACGUGCGCGAGUGGGCGCUGCACGUGUCCAUGGACCAGGCCGUCGAACAGACGUUGCCAGUGGACAGUCGUGGUUUGUACGCAUCAAGCGUCGGCGAGGCGGAGCUAUGCUGCGUGCUCACCGGAUACCCGCUCGGAACUCGACUCGUCACUUUUACUAACGGUCGGUGUGCGAAUCGUGAGUGGUGGUCGCGCGCUACGAACGCGGCGCGCAACGACGCAGCGCCCGCCGCGCUCCUACAGCUCCUGGUCGCCUGGUGCGGCGAGCCCGACUACACGCCGCUCUAGGGGACCCGCGCUACUCCUGUGGGAACAUAUCUAUUCCUAACCUAUACAAAUAUUAUUAAUCUUUACAUCAUUUCAAAUAUAUAAGUUUCUAAAGUGUGGUCACCGUAUACUUUUUCAUCUAAAUGCCGAUUCCACUAAAGUCGCAGUUUGCUAUAGUUAUGACGAUAUGACUGUAUUUUAUGGGAACACGUAGGGGCUAACAACAAUAAAACUAUGCAACAACGUUUAUACUAUGAAAUUAGUAUUAGAUGUGCUCGGACAAAUACUAUAUUUGCAUAUUUGAAAUGCUUUUCAAACUUACUAUCAAUGUGUAGUUAUUUAAGUUUUUUAAAACUAUAGAGGCACUGAAAUACAUGUUUAAUAAACAA